AUCUCCGCCCUCAAGGGAGAGACUUCUCCGUUUACCGAGCACCUUUUUUUUCCUUAACGCACUGCCGUUAAAACACAAUUAGGUGUGACGGACGGACUGCACGAGCGCAAAGGACACAGCUACAAUUUUGGCACCGGAUUCCCCCCUCUCGUUGCAUCGUUAUGAAUUCCUGGAUUGUGGGGACGUCGUUGUGUCACGCAGGGUGAACUACAGACGCUUUCAAUAUUAAAUCACACGAGCUGAAGCAGAAGGAGCACGUCAAAAAUGUGCAUAAAUCAAAUAUCGAUCAGAUGCGGCUUCACAUCAUCGGGAUUCUGCCUGUAAAUAUCUUUUUGGAUGUUAUUUUUUGCGCCUUUUUUGUUUUAGUGCGCGUAAUGUGCAGUAGGUUUGUGUGGACAGAGUUGGCUUAGCCCUCAGGCUUAUCAUCUUCAUCAUUAUUAGCAUUGGCCGUUAUUAAUGUGCAGCUCACAGUAGUUGUAAGCUAACAGAAUCAGUCAAUGCAUCGUUUAUCUCUGCAGAGUGUUUCUAAAUGCUCAUACAAGUGAAUCCUAAUGAACUAAUUGGCUCUGUGGAUCGUUAAACCAAACGCGCUAACAGGAGUUCAUCUGUUUUCCCAGAUCAUAAAGCGACGCAGGGGCUGUUUGGAGUCACAUGCGCCCAGAACAAACAAUUAAGAUGACAAAACCCGUUCCCACAGGAGAUUGCCUUUAUUACCGAGGAAACUGCACCGGGAUCCAAGAUUGUAACAGAGUUGGGAGACAGGGAGUCGAGGAAGAAGAGAAGAGGCAGGAGAAGCAAAGGAGAGCUGCUGAGCUGCACUACACAGCCCAGAGGAAAGCCUUGGCUCCACUGAUGGACUGAGCUGAAGGUGACAGGAGCCUAGUAUACACCUGACAGAGGCAUUUAUGGACACACUGCAGCAUAGGUGAGACCUGGAAGGAAGCUGCUGCACACUUUGAACACAGCUAAUUGGCCCUAAUGAUUGAAAUACAUCUAACUGAGGACACCACUGGCGUUUUAUCUGGAAUCCGUCUCUCAGGUUAGCACAAACUGAUCCUACCUUUGCCCCGAAAAGCACCUGGAACCUCAGCUCCUUCCUAAGUGCCAGGGAAGCCCACCAGAGUCCGUCUGUACCCACAGAUGUAACUAAGCUGUCAACAUUUCGUCUCCAGGAAGUCCUGUGUUUCUGGACCAAUCUCGCAGGGCAAGUUUUGCCUCUGUAAGACAGUCAAGCAUGGAAACUCCUCCGAAUGCCACCCCACAGCCCUUCAGACAGCCGAGUUUUCUCAAUCGAAGGCUGAAGGGAUCCAUCAAGAGGGCCAAAAGUCAGCCCAAACUGGAUCGAACCAGCAGCUUCAGACAAAUGAUUCUGCCUCGGUUUCGUAGUGCUGACCAGGAGAGGACACGAUUGAUGCAGAGCUUCAAAGAGUCACACUCCCAUGAAUCCCUGCUCUCUCCUAGCAGUGCGGCAGAGGCUUUGGACCUAGUUUUGGAUGAAGAGGCCAUAAUCAAACCUGUCCACUCCAGCAUUUUAGGACAAGAGUACUGCUUUGAGGUGACGACCAAUUCAGGGACAAAAUGUUUUGCCUGCCGUUCAGCUUCAGAGAGAGACAAGUGGAUUGAAAAUCUGCAACGAGCUGUCAAACCUAACAAGGACUCCCCGUUUCGUUUUCAGGACAACAGCAGACGGGUCGACAAUGUGCUCAAGCUGUGGAUCAUCGAAGCCCGAGACUUACCGGCGAAGAAGCGCUACUAUUGUGAGCUGUGUCUGGAUGACAUGCUGUACGCACGUACCACCAGCAAACCUCGGACUGACACCGUCUUCUGGGGGGAGCAUUUUGAGUUUAACAAUUUGCCUACCAUUCGUAGCCUUCGUUUGCACCUCUACAAAGAAACUGACAAAAAGAGACGCAAGGAGAAAAGCACAUAUCUUGGCCUCGUCAGCAUCCCCAUCUCAAGCAUCACAGGCCGGCAGUUUGUUGAACAGUGGUAUCCGGUGAUCCAGUCCAGUGUGUUGGCCAAAAGCGGUGGUGUUGGAAGUGCCAAAGUGAUCAACGCCUCGCUGCGUGUCAAAUCUCGCUACCAAACAAUGAACAUUCUCCCUAUGGAGCUGUACAAGGAGUUUGCAGAGUACAUUACCAACAACUACCGAACACUGUGUGCAGUUCUGGAGCCGCUACUCAGUGUGAAAAGCAAAGAGGAGGUGGCAUUUGCUUUGGUACACAUUCUGCAAAGCACAGGGAAGACAAAGGAGUUCCUCUCAGACAUGGCGAUGUGUGAGGUGGAUCGAUUUAUGGACCGCGAGCAUUUGAUCUUUCGUGAGAACACGCUGGCUACAAAGGCUGUAGAAGAGUACCUCAAACUGAUAGGUCACAGAUACCUCAAAGAUGCUAUAGGUGACUUUGUUCGAGCCUUAUACGAGUCAGAGGAAAACUGUGAGGUGGAUCCCAUGCGAGUCCCACCUUCAGUCCUUGCUGACCAUCAAGCCAACCUUCGAAUGUGUUGUGAGCUGUUACUCUGCAAGAUCAUAAACUCUCUCUGCAUAUUUCCUAGGGAGCUGAAGGAAGUUUUCGCCUCAUGGAGGGCCAGAUGUGCUGAACGUGGCAGAGAGGAUCUUGCAGACAGCCUCAUCAGCUCCUCCCUGUUUCUGCGCUUCAUGUGCCCAGCCAUCAUGUCGCCAUCCCUGUUCAACUUGAUGCAGGAGUACCCCGCUGAACGCACAUCUCGCACACUCACACUCAUCGCAAAGGUGAUGCAGAACCUGGCCAGCUUCAGCAAAUUUGGACCAAAGGAAGAGUACAUGUAUUUCAUGAAUGAGUUUCUGGAGAUGGAGUGGGGCUCAAUGCAGCAGUUUCUCUAUGAGAUUUCCAAUAUGGACACCGGAGGAAACGCUGGAGGGUUUGAGGGCUACAUCGACCUUGGCAGAGAGCUGUCGAUGCUGCACAGCUUACUGUGGGAGGUCAUGGGCCAGCUUAGUAAGGAUGCUAUCCUGAAGCUUGGACCCCUUCCACGGCUGCUGAAUGACAUCAGCGUCGCCCUGAGAAACCCGCAACUUCACAUGCCUGCAAAUCACCAGCCUGAGCGACCAAAGGACCGUCUCUUCUCACGACCUUCUUUCAAUCGCCUCAAGUCCUCUGACUUCCAAAGCCUUAUGAUGCGGGACUUAAACAGUUCAAUAGACAUCUCUCGCCUCCCGUCCCCCACCACUGGAGUCUCUGCUGUCGAGUCUCUCUCAUCUAACCUGAACAUGAGGCGUCAAAUAGAACGAGACCUGCGCUCAUCCAGAGAAGUGUUUUAUGUUACCCGCCCGCCGCUGGCUCGAUCUAGUCCAGCCUACUGCACAAGCAGCUCUGACAUCACUGAACCUGAUCCAAAGGUCCACAGCGUGAAUAAAAGCGUGUCCAUGAUGGACCUCCAGGACUCUCGGAUGAACAGCAUUUCCAACCUGAACUCUGUGGGCGACAUGCUUACUUCCUCUCAGGCCUCUAUCGCCGGCUUGGGCCACAGCUUUGGAAACCUCUGCGGCCCUCUGCGGCACUUGCCAGCAGGCUCAGCUGGCUCCGGUUUGAGGCUUAGCCAGAUGGGCCACAUAGGGGGUCCUACAGAAUCCAUCUCCCAACAGCAGCAGCAGGCGGCGGCAGCCAUGAACUUCCCACUGUCUUUCCAAAACCCACUGUUCCAUCUGGCUGCCCAGAACUCCCCAGCCCAGUCUCAGCAACAUCCCCCUCCUCUCCUCUUGGCCCCUGAGCCCGAGAACGGCCACCAUGACUACCAGCCGGCUUUUGGCAACAGCGCCUUUUCACGCAGUGAGGACUUGUCUGCCCUGCGGUCACAGAGCAGUCUGGUGCAGCCCAGCAUCGUUCACUCACACAGCUACAGCGAUGAUUUCACCCGGCAGAAUCAGAACAACGACUUUGCCUGGCACCAGCUGUCUCUGCAGGUGCAGGAGUCUCUCCAGCAGCAGCAUCUGAUGGGAGUUGUCUCACAGACAACUACAGGCACAGGUACCCCCGCCUCUUUGGCCACACCGCCUACCACAGUUCAUCCUGUCCGCCAGUCAUCCAUCUCCCCUGGACAACACCUCAAGUCGCAGCGCUCCAUCAACACUCCAGCCACCGCAACUCCUCCAAAAGUCCGCCCACAGAGCAGGAACCUCCUCCUUGACUCCUCUGACACAAACUACAGCGGCAGUGGGCCAAAACAGCGCCAAACUCAGCAGCAGUCGCAACAGCAGCAACAACAGCAGCAGUCGCAACAGCAACAGGAAGCGCAGCUGUCCGUCACAGACAGUCCAGCUCCCGGGCUCCCGUACCAGACGAGCUCGGCCAAAGAGAACCAGGGCCCAUCGGCAGCUGCAGAGGUGUCGACAGACACGCCAACAAAAAGCACCAAGAAGCCUCAGGCGCAACUGCAGCCACCGCAGCAGCAUCUGCUCAAACCAGGCAAUAAGCAGGGUUCCCAGUCGCUGAAUACACCAGCCCUCAAUGAGCGGACAGUGGCCUGGGUGUCCAACAUGCCACAUCUUUCUGCUGACAUUGAAAGUCUGCGGCCGGACCGAGAGGGUCAGCUGAAAGAAUACUCCAAGAGCAUGGAUGAGUCGCGACUGGAUCGGGUAAAAGAAUAUGAAGAAGAGAUCCAUUCAUUGAAAGAGCGGUUGAAGAUGUCUCAUCGUAAGCUUGAGGAGUAUGAGCAGAGGCUUCUGUCACAGGAACAGCAGACAAGCAAGAUCCUGCAGCAGUAUCAGAACCGACUGGAAGACAGCGAGCGGCGUCUGAAGCAGCAACAACUGGAGAAGGACUCCCAAAUCAAAGGCAUCAUCAGCAGACUCAUGGCUGUGGAAGAUGAGCUGAGAGGGGGUGCCAUUCCUGAUAUUAAGCCUCGAAUCCUCACAGACCAGUCUAUCAGCCAGGUCUAUGGUGGCCUCCCAGGAUCCUGACUGCAACUUUCCAGGUGACCAGAGGUCAUGAUGGUCACUCGGGUGUGAGAAGACUGAUGUAGAUCCACCCACAAAAUCCCAUGAAGACAAACUUUUUGCAGAGCAUCCAGCGGGAUCACUGGACGCUGCAUCUCACUAUUUAUUUUGUUGAAAAAAACUUUGCACAUGUUCAAACUUAGCCAGUAAGAAAAAUGACAAUCAGUUUAGCGUGAGGACCAAUGUGUGCGGAGUCUUCUGCACAUUUCGACUGAAAUCUAAGCCAAUGCCACAACAAUGGCAAUACUGAACCUAAUGAGUUUCUUUAUUUAAUCAGAAGAAGUGAGAAGAAAUGUGAAAAACACUGAUUAUGAAGAUGGAGUCAUGAUUUUUUUUUCCCUUAACAAGCAGUACACUCGCUUCUCAAUGAAGUUGCUGCCGACAAAAUGUAAAAAAUGGCCUUUACAAGCACAAAAUCCCCUCAUGGUGAUACCUGGGAUGAGCAACGAGCAUGUUGUGUAAUCAUUUGCCAUCUAUGAUCCAUGGAUACAGGGUACAUGGAGAGACCUGCAUUACUAUUUGAUUCAAUCAUUUAGUAACAUCUCAAUACAAAGAUAUUUUAAUCCAUGAGGAUAUGAAUCAUCAUUAUGAUUUAAUGUAUAUUGUACAGCCAUUCCAAUGAAGAGAUGCCAGACAAACCAACAAUCAACUCACUGCUUUAAAUACAAUCAAGGUGUUCCUUCAGCACAGUGUAAAGACAGAACAAGUCUUUCAACCUUCAGUGUAUAAAAACAGAUUCUCUCAAAGUGACAAAAGCUUUUUAUUUAUGGAAAUAUAAAACAAAAUUUAACUGAGGUUACUCUAUGUACUGUUUACUUUGUAAAAAUAUUAUUUAUAUGAAGAUAUAUAUGACUUUUCAAAUCAGUGAUACAAAGUGCUUUUAAGUAAUACAAAUGAAGAUGUGAAAGAGUAUUCAAUUUAAAGGGGCAUUCCACUGUUUAUCAAUACAGGAUUAAAUCUCAGUCAUUGAAACAUUUCUAUAAUGCUCUCUGGGGCUCUUUGAGAGCCUACUCAACAAUGAUAACACAAUUUGUCAGCUAGGAGAAUCCACACUGCAACAUCAGCUUACGAAUAUUAAAGCAUGGAGUUUCACAGAUGUAGGUGAAGACUUGUGAAAAGAUCCUGUUAUAGGAAAAUGUUGAAAAUGAUCCAGCAGUUUGGAGCUUCACUCAACCAAUGGACAAUGUUCAUGUUUACACCUGGUAUUAGCAUGCUGUCUGUAUCUGGAUAAUGAGAUCUUCUUCAUUGGCCAUAUGAUGGCAUUAACCUUGUGAUCCCAAAAUGCACAUUUAUUUGUACUUUUCUUUGAUAGGGGCAUAGCUAGCCCUACUAUUUACCAUCGCUAAUUUACAUCCACAGUCCCUGGGCAGGUUAGAGAAACAAAAAAAAGUGACAGGACAAAUAUAUGUAGUGCAGAACAGAAGUUUAUGAAAGUACAUUGUGAACCAUGAAAAGCUAAAAAUAGCACAGCAGUACAAGAGGACAAGCAAAUAUGGUUUAUGUUAAAAGCAAUGCUGUAGGUUGCAGUUUUCCAUGUUCAGCUGAGGCUCAAAACUGGUUUCCCAAGCAUCCAGGAAAACCUGGAAAACAACAGAUGAAUUGCCUGUCAGGAAAAAUGAGAGAAAAAAGCAAAAUAUCCUUGAAAAUGUUGUGCUGUCCUGGAAAAAUAUUUAAACAUUCUCCAAAUUCCGUAUCAGAAUUCCUCAUAAAAGAUGCCAUUGUCAUCUUAAGCGUUAAAUUAUGUUAAGGAUCAAACAGUUAAUGGACAAUAGUAGUAAGAUAAGGCUACAUGCCAACAGCAGCUCUUGCCCUUAAACAGCAGUAACCUGGAAAAACCAAGUCAGGUGCAUGAGUUAACUUGUUCAUUUGCUAUUAUCCAUGUUAGCUAUUUUUAUUUUACUAAGACAGGUGAAAAGUGCUGUUUUUGGCCUAUCAUUUUUACAUUGCUGAGUUUAAAUUUUUUUUCAAGGAAAUUAAUAGGGAAUAUAAGGUUAUAGAUGCCCAAACAUUUUUUUCAAAUGUACUUAUAUUUAUAGAAUUGAGUGCUUUAUAUCUGCAGGUGUAUUUUCAUUAUUCUAUGAUUCAUUCAUCAUCUUGAGUCUUUUUUUGAAAAUAAUUUUAACAAUAUAUUUUCAGGCUUUUUAUGCCUUUGUUCAGAGAGGAGAACAGUGGAUAGAGUCAGAAACAGGGAUGCAAGAGUGGGGGAGAGACAUGGCCAAACUUCAACUGCAUGUUGCUAAGUCAUCUGCACCCCAAUCAUGUUUAUAAUAGAUAGGACAGCUGAAAAGUGACAGGAAAUACUGGAAGAGAGAGUGAGGGAAACUUGCACCAAACAGCACCAGAAUCAGGAUUCAGUCCUGUGGUGAGUGUUUCAAGGACUGUAUUCCAUGUAUAUCGGUCUGCUCUACCAAAUAAGUUUAACCAUCACCCUUUACAUUAUUUUAAGCAUGUAAGAGUUCAACAUUGUAGCCAGACUGCAAAUCCCUUCCACAGAAAGGGAUAUAACAGUAAAUAGGUGCGAUGUGUUCCUUUUUAACAGCUACAAUGGCGCUGAAAACAACCUAGAAAAGUCCGGGAAAAUAAUCUUUUUAAAAAGAUCUGUAGCCCUGGCAGGUUGCAGUGGAUUUACGUAGACCUUAAACAUGCUCUUAUGGUUCUGACCCCUGUAAAAAUGAUGUAUGAUUGCUUUCAGAGCUCAAAGGUCUGCAUGCAUUCAAACUGCACUCAUGUUUUCCCAUACCCAGAAAGCACAGCCAGAUACAAAUUGCAUGUAAUUCCCAAGUGUAAAUGUGGACACAGAGUACGAAGUCUAUCUUUCACAGCUGCUGCGUUAUGACCAUUUUUUUGUGCUCUGAAUCUUGAAGGGUCCAACACUUUUUCAUCUUUUGGAGUGUUUGAGGUAAAACAAACCACAUUAUCUGUCACAUGAUGACUUCAGGAUGGUUGCGCUUUAAUUUCUAAGGAAUACAAUGACAAUAAUGGCUACCAUUUUAAGCAGCAACAGCUUAAAGCUAGCUAAUUUUUUAUUUAUGGUUUCUAAUCUAUGAUGCCUCGGAUCAGAGAUACGGUGAUGGUCCAGAGCCAACUCGACUUUAGCCUCAAAACUGAUCAGUCAACCUUAUUUUAAAACCAUCAUGGUCUGCCAUUUUUCAUUCUUUAUCUUUUUUAGCACUUCCUUUUCUUUUCUCCUUUCUUUUAUUGGUACAGCACUUUGUAACAUUGUUUUGAAAAGUGCUGUAUGAAUCAAUUUUAAUAAGUAUUAUUAUAAACAUUUUGUGCAACUGGAAACAAACCAUAUUAUAGCAAGUAGUGAAUUACUCAUUUGUUGUGUUUAAUGUUUCUGAAGCAUAGAUGUGCAACACUUCUGCAUGUGCUUUUUAAACUGCAAGGACGAGUAACACGAUUUGUUGUCAGAUUUUAUUAUAAUGUACAAAAAUGGAAACUUUGACGUGCUUUCUCAGGGAAGGCACUUCUCUUUUUUUUUUUUAAAUCCAACCUGCUGACUCUUCUGCUUUUGUCAGAAGAGGGUGGCAUUAGGCCUUUUGCAUUAUACAACAUACAAGUACUUAAAGAAAGGACCGGGAACCAUAGACCAACAAGACAAGGCGAGGCAAGACGGUGAAAACAACAGAACAAUAAAGAGUUUCUAAGCAGGGAAAUGUAGUAUAUGUGCAUAGGAUUUGACUGCCUUACAGUCCAUGCCACAGGGCCAAAAAUAACAAUGCCAAUACAAGAAAUUGUAAACUUUGUACAUUUAAUGUCCUUUUUUGUAGUCAGGUGAUAAAUUAAUAAGCUGUGUGUUGGUUAAAUCUGUAUGUCAGAAUCAUUUAUAUUACAAAUUUCAUGGUUGAUAUAAUUUAUCUUAACCUCUUGCCUUUAAGAAGACAUUUUCUUUAGAGAUAAAUAUCAAUGAUACAAAGUUAUAUGUUUAUGUUAACACAAAUGUAUAAAAUAGCUUAAUGUAUAUUUAUUCUUAUAUGUAAAAUGUAUUCAAAUCAAGGGUAGGCCUUCAGGCAUGUUGUGGUAAAAGAAACAAUUCUUAUAAUAUUAUUAUUGACUCUUAAUGCUGCAAUCCAGAAACUACAGUGCUAUGGCGUGACUGUGUUCAUGGGAUGAGAGCGAAAUAACUUCCCAGCUUAUACUAUUUUAGUUGUGUGGAAUAACAAGAGAAACUCUUGAACUAUCUCGCCUAUGUAUGAAUAACCAAAACAGCAGAGGUGCUUUCAAAAAUACUGGACUGCAGUUUUAAGUAAUCUACUUUUUGAAACGUCUUUAUUUAUUUGGCCUGCAUUGCAAUACAGUAUUUUGAGAUGUUAUAAUGCACUUCUGUUUUCGUUUAAGAAAGUCUACGAUCUAUUAUCGGAGAUAAGGUUUAUUAAGACAUGAAAGUAUAUAAUAUUCCCAUGUAAUGUUGAAACUCUAUCUGUAUUAGCUGCAGUGGUACAGUGUGCUACCUCUGAAAACCUGCUCUCAUUCUUGUGAUGAAGGAUCCCCUUCAGUCUGCUUUAUACCACACUAUGAGGAUACUUUCUUCCAUGUGGCUAAAAUGUUUUUAAUUUAGGUCACAACGCUAACAGGCAGCCAUGGUUUUAGGUUGCUUUGCUUUAUUUUGAAAAAGUGAUUUUUAUUGUCUCUAAAUACCAAUCAAAAUGUUCAUUCCUAUUUCUGUAUCGUGUUGCUAUCCUUAUGAAGGCGGCAAAAAUGUCAUUGCAACAGUAAAAAUGGCAAUGAAAGUAAAACUUACAAAUAGAAAUGAGAAUUUUGAUCUUUUUCUCAAACAACCCUUGCACUUUUUAGUUUCUCAUCUUUGCUUUUCUUGAAAUGGCAAUGAACAAGCAAAUUCCCUAUCAUCACUGGGCCAUUUCUGCUUUGUCUUGUUGACUGUUUAAGUGCCGUUACCAUCACAUUCAUUACAAAAUCUUUUAAUUUCAGGAUGAGACUGGUCAGGGCUCGUGUGUUCUCAAGGUAUUAUAUGAACACAGAAAUAUAUUACUGAAAUCUUAAUGCACAAAAAUAUGAGAAUCAACACAAAAAGCACAUGAAAUGAGGGGUCUAUACUUAAGCAACUACUCUUUAAUUUUCUCGGUCCCUGGCCUUCAUCUCAUCUACAUUUACGCCUUCUUUUGUGUUGUAAGGAAGAAAUGUGUGUCUUUGUUCAAAUGAUAAAUGCUCCAGCAUAAUAAAACAUGGUUAGGAAUAUUACCGAAGAAGUGCUAAAUGAUUGCAGAAUCACACAUUGGUCCACUUUUUUGAGGAUGUAUUAUCUUGUAAACCCAAGCGAGAAGAAGUGUUGCUUUGCUGAAGCUAAAGCAGGACCUAAAACAUGAAAUGAGAUAUCUUUUAUAUUUUAAGUAAAGGUAUUAAACAUCUUUCAACACAUAUUUAUUAUGCUUAAAAUGGAUGUAUAGCAUAAUGGAAUGAAUCAAAGUAUUUUCUUGGCAGCUAUUAUUCUGCACAAUUUAUCUACUGUGUCACAAAUAGUUGUUGAGAUUUCUGACUUGAAUUGGGCCUACUGGAUGUAUUACCUUAAUUUACUUGACUUUUCUUUUCAAAUAAGCCAUGCCCCAUGGAUAAGCCAUACCCUCCAGUCCCCAGGUGUAGUAUGGUGGAUGUUCAAUGUUGGUAGUUUUAUUUAUAAUGGUAGUUAUUGUAGGUAUGAUUGCGCUUGUAAUUAUUAUUAUUAGUGUAAGUAUACUUGAUUGAUAUGAUUUGUUUUGUUUGAACAAAGGGAA